CGGACUGCUCGAUCUCACUCUUUCAUCUCUUGCCAGGCCACUUCUACAUCUGGUUAUCCGUUGGGUACCCCUUGUUUCAGCAAUUAACGUGCUGAUUUGAAAGACGACCGUCCUAUCGUUUGGCAGCCGCUUGACCAGCACCUCAUUUUUUUCUUCCCUCCAUCCACACAGCCUACCGACAUGGCACCGACACGAAAGGUUUUGAGUAUGCCUGACCCAGGCACGUCCAUUCGCCCUAUCUAUAUGUAUACGGAGGAGCAGACCAAGAUGAUUCAGGCCUUGCGAGAGUAUACCUCGACAAUUUGCCUACCCCCUUCAGAUCCCUAUCACUACUGGGAGAGCCGUUGGCUAUCACGUCCAGACACCCACCCCCGGUAUAUGAGAGCAGCCAAGUGGAAUUACGGCGAUGCACAGAAGCGGAUAAAAGCGACCCUGGAAUGGCGGCGUGAAUUCCAACCCGACUUGAUCAGCCCUGAAGAUGUCAGGAUAGAGGGGGAGACGGGGAAAAUUAUUCUGAACGGGUUUGAUGUGGAUGGUCGGCCCGUUAUCUACAUGAGGCCUGGACGGGAAAACACCGAGACGAGUCCAAGGCAGUUGCGACACCUGGUGUGGUGGUUAGAGCGAGCAAAGGACUUCAUGCCACCAGGCCAAGAAAGUCUUGUCAUCGUCGUUGACUACAAGUCAUGUACACUGCGAACGAACCCAUCCAUCUCUAUCGCCCGCAAGGUGCUCACUAUUCUCCAGCAACACUAUGUCGAAACCCUGGGACGAGCAUGCGUGACCAACCUCCCAUUCAUCCUCAACUUCUUCUACAAGGGCAUUGAAAGAUUUUUGGAUCCCGUUACACGGGACAAGUUGAGGUUCAAUCCCAACCUCACCGAGAUCAUCCCUGAAAGCCAACUGGACGCUGACUUCGGAGGUUCCUACGAAUUCGAUUUUGAGCCCAAGUGCUACUGGGACCAGAUCAUCGAAAUCUGCGGUAUCGCCCCAGAUGGCACGCGAACUCGCGACAUCUACUCCAACCCGACAGAGCCCUUCAACACGCUCCCCUUGGCAAACAAUGUUCCUCGCUCCAGGUCUGACAGCAGCAGUGGAAGUGACAGCGACUACAAAGCGCCUGUAACCCCGAAAACAACAGGAAGCGUCCGUAGCCUCAAUAUUAACAAGGCGGAUGCAUCUGUGAACGUCGAGGAAGUAUCAGAAAGAAGGCAUACAGUGAUGGUGGGGUAG